AAAAUAUGAAGAUGUGAGGGACUAAUAUGGAAAAAACCCAUCAGUAACUACUUCAAUUUAAGUAGCCCCCCCUCGUUAACGCCCCCUCCCUCUCAAAUCACCGCAAUGGCAAUCGAUGAGGCCCUGAUGACGUACGCGGAUCCAGUGGUUGGGGGUCGGAAAACCUUCCCGUUUAUCGUAGCUGCCGUGGUGGGCGUAGGGAUCGGGGCUUACGCGACGUUGGCCAACUCGGGCAUCUACCUCAUGGAAAAAUACAAUGUCUCGCCCGUCGACGGCAGCGUCAUCGCCAGCGUCUUUGUCGGCUCGACCAACCUCGCUCCGGUCGUCGGAGGCGUCAUUUCAGACACUUGCCUCAGCUGCUUCGCCGUCAUCAGCGUUGCUUGCGCUGCCUGCUUCCUGGGCAUGCUUCUAUUUACAUUAACUGCCAUAUUCCCCUCAUUGAGGCCACCGUCCUGUACAUAUAGCCCCUGCCAGGGCCCAACAACAUGGCAGUUCGCAAUACUCUCCAUGGCCUUAGCCCUAAUGACCGUGGGCCUUGGCGGGACCCGGUUCACCGGAGCAGCUAUGGGCGCAGCCCAAUUCGGUGACGAGAAUGACCGAGACACUUUCUUCAGCUGGUACCUCGUCGCGAUGUACAUUUCUUCGAUCAUCGGCAUCGUCGGGAUCGUGUACAUUCAGGCUAAUUUGGGCUGGGUCCUGGGCUUUGGCGUGUGCGCUGUAAUUGCAGCAGUCGGUUUCGUCAUCUUUCUCCUUGGGAAUCGUUAUUAUCGGCAUCCUAAGCCGCAGGAGAAUCCACUUGUCGAUAUUUUUCGACAGAUAUUGUCACGGGCGGGGAAGCGAAAGGCGGCGUCGGAGUCAUCUGAAAGGCUACUGUGUUGCAGUAAGGUUGAUGAUGGAGCAGUUGAACCGCAAACCACGAUUGAGUGUCCAAGGUAUGGUUUCAUUUUGAAGGUAUCAAGAGGAAGCAACGACACGAGAGGUCAAACAAGAAGACGAACUCACCAUCCUCCUCCGGCUCGUCCCCCUAAUCACAACUGGCAUAAUCCUCAGCUUCUACCUCGGCCUCCAAAUGUCCGCCUCCUUCCUCCAAGCCCUCGUCAUGGACCUCCAUCUCACCCCAAGACUCACUAUCCCCAUCGGCUCCAUCUCCAUCUUCCUCAUCCUAUCCGCCACCCUCUCCAUCCCCCUCCUCAAUUACCUCCUCUACCCUCUCCACCGCUUCCUCACCGGUCAACACCCAACCCCCCUGGCCCGCAUCGGCUUCGGAUUUCUCAUCACAACCUUCGCCAUGGUCUACGGCGCCCUAACCGAACGAAAGCGGCUCCACGACCUCCAAACCGAUGCUCAACCAAUUUCCGUUCUUUGGCUUGUGCCGUGUUUUAUGCUGGUAGGGUUCGGCGAGGCACUACAUUUUCCGGGGCAGCUCGCGUUCUUCUAUCAGGAGUUCCCAGAGUCGUUCAAGGGGUCCGGGAUGGCGGUGAGCGCGCUUCAAUCGGGGGUCGGGAGUUAUGCCACGUCGGCGGGCAUUGGGAUGAUUAGGCGUUUUUUGGACGGGUGGAUAGCGGAUAAUGCUAACGAGUCGAGGUUGGAUAAGGUGUAUUGGUUGAUGGCCGGAGUUGGCGCGGUGAAUUUUGGGUGUUUUGUUGCGUGUGCGAGGUUGUAUAUGAGGAAAAAGGGAGGGAAGAGUUGAAUUCUCAUGUACUCACCAUUAAUGCAAUGUGCUGAAUAAGAAUUUUUUUUGAAACA